GGUGAAAUCAAUGGCGCUUCGAGUAGCUCUGGGGAGAGCUAAACCCUGGGGAUUGGGGUAUCAACUUGUACUGAAAUGUAAAUUAGGAUUUUUGGGUGCGAUAGGCAGUGGUAUGACCGGCGGCUUCAUCCUUGACCAGAAUCAUCUCCGUCGGUUUCCGUCCUCAAAACAGUCCUGCCGUCACUACUUUCUACCGCCCCCUCCGCCAGAAGAGACGGUGCACUGCCUUCAGUUUCAUUGUGUUAUUCCUGUCCAUAACGACCGGGUCUCACCAUUUGCCCAGUUUGCGGUGAAGAAGCACAAUGAGGACCAGGGAGGUGGCGAUACUGUUCGGUUUGUAAGGGUUGUCAGAGCAAGCUCCAGAAGGGUUGGCAUGAGCAUAUUUUAUUACAUAACCUUAGAGGCAGUUGACGAGCUAGGUGACCUGAAUGUGUACUAUGCUGAAGUGGAGAAUAGCCACUUGAAAAAAGUCAAGCGUUUGGUCGAGUGGCAGCUCGUCAAUGAAUCCUUCUCUUACCGUUUUCAAGAAAUAAGAUACAGCAAGCAGUAUGUGGGUGAGUUACAACUACAGGAAGCAGCUACAAGAUUUAGUACACUUCUGUUGAGAAAGAUACAACGAGAGGAUGAGAACUUGGACGAAGCCCAGAAGAACAAGAUAAAAUCAGUAUUUCGUCAGAACACUAAAUCUCCUUCACCCAUGCAAAUUCUUAACUUGGAGAAAUCUUUGCUGAAUGCUGAUAUCUGUCCCAAAGGUGCUUUAGAUCUUCCUACUGCUGCAAGUGAUGUGGUCGUCCCUGUUCAUGACAUUAAGGCUUAUGAACAGGUCUAUCAGUAUGCUACAUUCGCUGUGUGGACUCACAAUGAGAACGAGGGUGAUGUAAUUCGUCUUGAGGAGGUGUUGUUAGCAAGCAAAUUCAAUAAUGAUGAUGGGCUCUACUAUGUUUUGUACUUGGAGGCAUUAGAUCGAAAUGAGGAGCUCAACUUUUACUAUGUUGUAGUUAAGGUGGGCCAAUACAGGGAUGAGUUAAUCAAGUUCCAUCAGAUUAAUGAAUCCCUGCACAAUCCUCUUAAAGAGCACUGGGCUAAGUUGAUUGCUGGAUGUGUGUUUUAACGGUUCUGAGCUAGCUAUUUUCGCCUAUGUUGGCUCAUUCUAUCAUCGAAUGCCUGUGAAAACUCCUGUCGCUAACGGUUAAAUCCUGUAGUAUUUUUUGUGCUUAGCUUCUAAUAGUUUCAAUUGUAUGUUUGUGCCCGUGCUCUCUUAUACACAAGAUGAAUUGUGGGUUACUCUUUAUUGUCAAAGUUUAUGCUGGCUUAAUU